AUGUUUCUCUUCAUCCUCAAUUAUUUUGUUUUGGGUCAAAACGACAACGUUAAUGAAGACUCCGGGUCCCAGCAAGAACGGGUUAAAAUCCGGGUCGGGUUGGUUUUGAAUUUGGGUUCCUUGGAGGGAAAGAUAGUGGGAAGCUCUGUUUCCAUUGCCCUUUCUGAUUUCUACGCCAAUAACAAUGAUUACAAAACAAGAGUCUCUCUCUCAGUUAGAAACUCUCAAGGGGAGCCUCUCCGUGCUCUUGCUUCUGCUGUUGACCUUCUGCAAACUGUUGGAGUGGAGGCGAUUAUCUGCGGGAAUUCGCUGCAGGAAACGAAGCUUUUGGCAGAGAUUGGGGAGAAAGCUGGGGUUCCUGUGAUUUCACUUAAUUCUCCUGCUUCAUUGUCAUUGCGCAAAUACAGUAAUCUGAUCCAAGUAACGCAUGAUUCUUCCUCCGAGGCAAGGGGCAUUACAGCUUUCAUCCAUGGGUUUGAGUGGAACAGUGUUGCUCUUGUUUAUGAGGAUGAAGAUGACUGGAGAGAGAGUAUGCAGCUCAUGGUGGACCAUUUCCAUGAGAAUGGCGUUUGUAUACAAUCCAAGGUUGGUUUUACAGUGUCUUCAAAUGAGGAGGUUAUGAUGGAUCAGUUAAGGAAGUUGAAGGACUUGGGAACAACUGUCUUUGUGGUGCACUUAUCUGAGCUUGUUGCAACUCAUCUCUUCCCAUGUGCUGAGAAAUUAGGUAUGAUGGGUGAAGGGUUUGCUUGGAUCCUCACUGUUAAAAGCAUGAACAGCUUCCAUGAGAGGACUGGUCACCAUUUUGCAAAAGAAGCAAUGGAAGGUGUGGUUGGUUUUAGGUCUUACAUUCCAAUGUCAAAAGAGCUUCAGAACUUCACUUCAAGAUGGAGAAAAUCACUAGCUUUUGAAGAAACUGCUGAGUUUGAGAUAACUAGUCUGAGCAUCUCCGGCGUAUGGGCUCAUGAUGUAGCGUGGGCACUAGCGAGAGCAGCUGAAGUCACAAGGAUGCCAAAUAUGUCAUCAACUCUUCUUGAGGCAAUCACAAAUUGUAGGUUUAAGGGUUUGAGUGGUAACUUCCAAAUCAAGGAUAAGAAUUACUUGUCAGACAAGUUUGAAAUUGUGAACUUGAUAGGGUCAGGUGAGAGAAGGGUAGGAUUCUGGAAUUCUAAUGGUAGUUUCAGCAAUAGAAGACAUUUGUCUUCUUCUAAUAAUAACAAUCUAGAGACCAUAAUCUGGCCCGGUAUGUCAUCUGAAAGUCCGAAAGGGCACACACUAGGAGAAAGCAAGAGAAAAAAACUAAGGGUAUUGCUUACAUCUAGCAAUAGGUUCCCAAAGCUGGUGAGUUGGAUGACUGAUCCGGUAACAAAAAAAAUAAUUGCUGAUGGGUUCUGUAUACAAGUUUUCAAUGCUUCCAUUAGGCAUUUUAACUAUGAUGUGGAGUAUGUACUUUGGACUGGUGGUCCUAACUACGACAAUCUUGCAUAUACACUUAGUAGCCAGAAAGAUAUAUAUGAUAUGGCCGUGGGAGAUAUUACAAUCACUUCCAAUAGAUCGAGUUAUGUUGAUUUUACAAUACCAUUCACUGAACUGGGUCUUGGAAUGGUGGCACCAAAGCAGAGUGGUAUGUGGGUGUUCUUUCAACCUUUGACACCGGAUCUUUGGAUGACAAGUGCAGCUUUCUUUGUCUUGACGGGUAUUAUAGUUUGGUUGAUAGAAAGACCUGAAAACACUGAGUUCCAGGGAUCUUGGUCACAACAGAUUGGAGUUAUGCUUUGGUUUGGCUUCUCUACCCUUGUUUAUGCUCACAUUUGGGUAUUUGCAGUACUGAUACUGACAACGAGUUACACUGCAACAUUGACAUCAAUGAUGACAGUGCAACAAAUACGAUUCAACUCCAACAAAGACUUUAUAGGUCACCUUUCGGGCUCACUCAUAGCAAAUGCGAGCCUAGCUAGUACCAACAUCAAUGCAACGAAUGUCAGAGGCCUCGAUAACUCUACAGAUUAUGCAAAAGCCUUGUUGAACAGCUCCGUGGCAUUCAUUAUUGACGAGUUGCCAUACCUCAAUGUCCUCCUUGGAGAGAAACCUGAUCAUUUUCUCAUGGUCAAGCCACAAAUAACUACCAACGGUUUCGGAUUCAUGUUUCAAAAGGGUGACGAGUUGGUGCAUUUGGUGUCCAAAGAAAUCUCGGAGCUAAGGACAAAAGGGAAGCUUAACGAGAUGGCAAAAGCAUGGUUUGACAAUCGACUUCCAUACAUAAUAGAUGAUACAUCAGAACCUAUAAACCUUUACAGAUUCCGCGGGCUGUUUAUGAUCACUGGAGGGUCUUCAGCUUUUGCUCUUGCAGUAAUUCUCAUAAUCUGGUUACGUGAUAGAUGGGAAGAUCUUAUGAAUUCCAUCAAAAUAUUUCUCUCGCGAAGAUUUGUACAUUUCAGGAUCCUCUUUGCAAGAACUAACCAUCCCAUUCCCAUCGAUGACCCCUUUGGUGCAAACGCAGUGCAGAUGGCUCAACUUAACAGAUAGAAACUGAUUCAAAUAUAGCAAAAGGUCCAUACAAGUGAAGUAGAUGGUUUUGUUCUUGUGUGUAACAGUAACAAAAGAAGUUGCAUGCUGCUCGUGUGUCUUGUGUCUUGUGGUGGCC